AUGAUCAAAGAUAUGAGAACAAUAGGCACAUUUUUGCCAAUCCGACAAAUGGCAUUCAACCUUACAAAACUUAGAAAGAAGUGUCAGAAUUCUAAUUACCAGAUGGCUGUAAACAUGUCCCUAGUUUUUCUGGGCUGUACGUUUGAUCUCCUAAAUGUUGCUGGGAUAAUAUCUGUAAUCGAAGAUCUCGAAAGCAUGUACGAUCUUAAGUAUACUCAAGCUUCUUGGGCACUCACAUCAUACGCGAUCACUUUUGCAGGUUUUAUUGCAUUCAUGGGAAGAUUGGGAGAUAUUGUAGGAAAUUCGGUUUUAUUUACAUUCAGUUGCUUUUUCUUCACGUUGUUUUCUCUACUGUGCGCCGUUGUGAAUAACUUCGCGGUUUUUGCUGUCUUCAGAGCGCUUCAGGGAAUAUCUGCUGCCGGUAUUGUGCCCUGUGGUUAUGCCUUGAUUCCGAUAUUAGCACACCCCAAUGAAGUACAAAAGUUCUUUUCAAUUGUAUCUUGUGGCUUCAGCUCAACUAUUGGGCUCGGUCUCAUAAUAGGAGGGGCGUUUGCUCUUACUAAUAUUGGCCAUAAAGGAAUAUUUUAUCUGACAUUUGCUGGCAUGUUCAUCGUCUCUUUUGCAGCAUUAUUAUUCACAUACAAAAUCGAAAGUGAACAGUUUAUAGGGCAAGGGAAAAGUCUUGAGGAUCAGACUGUCCCUAUUAUUGAUGAUGGACCAAAACUGGCUUCCCUAGAUUUUUUGGGGUCAUUUAUAUUCAUAGCAGGGAGCAUAUUGAUAGUUGUUGGUCUAACAAAGGGAGGAGACUCAUGGAAAAAGCCAGUAGCCUAUGUUCCAUUUGCAAUAGGAGUCAUUCUUUUCCUUGGGUUUUUUAUUUGGAAUUGUUAUUACAUGAAAAUUAUAAAGGUUCUGAGCUUAUUCGGUGUUGAAAGAACUUCCUAUUUUGAUAAGGUUGAGGUCUUAAUACCUGAGAAGGUGCUGUUCAUGAAAAACUUUAUUCCCAUAGUAUUUGGAUUUGCUUGUAACAAUGCGUGUCUCUUUUCAUGCAUUUAUAUUAUCGAUCAAUAUUCUCAAUACGUUGAAAAAAAUAGUCCUCUUCUCGCAGGUGUAAAAUUGGUUCCUUUAAUUGUCAUUAUGGUCGGAGGGAAUGCAUUGUGUGCACUGAAAUCUGUGAAAUUACGUCCACGAAUUGGGGUAGCUGUGGGGUUCUUCUCCAUGUUUGCUGGUUGUAUCAUACUGAUUCAAAUUCGUCAUAUACAAGACAAGCUGUACUGGAAAAUAUUGUUCUGUGCACAAAUAUUAGUUGGGUUUGGUGCCUCGAUAUUUUAUCCUUAUGGCUUGAAGCUUGUUGUUGGUGACGCUCCUAGUGAUUCAAAAGGAAUCGCAUCUGGUAUCACCCAAACAUUCGGUCAGUUGGGCAUUGAACUUACAUUCUCAGUAAUGGUUUCUGUUCUUGGAAAUAUUACUGAGGUUCUUGGUAAACCAAACUCUGUUCAGACGUUUCGUGACGGUUUUCAAAAAUGUACUUACUUCACUCUUGCAGUAGCUACUUUGGGAUUUAUUUUGAUGACUUUCUUUUUGAGAGAAGAUCAUAAACUAGCGAAUGACUUGGAAAGUGAAUUGGUUAGCAGCGUUGAAUUGCAAGAACAUGAAAAACUUGAUUCGAAAGCAAAAAAUUCCAACGAUGGAAAUUAG